AUGCAAUGGAAGUUAUGUAAGGCGUCGUUAGAAGAGAAGAAACGGAAGGCAUCAGAAGCGCUCGACUAUGUUUCCAAUAUCUCAACGACGCCAUUUGCCUAUGCUCCAUUGGGUGAGCCGUUAGCGAAUGAUAUGCUGACGCAGACAGCGCUUCGUGACGGCAACGUGGUCGCCGUGCCGAGACUGCUUCUUGUCGAAGGAGACGUGAUUCUUCUUCGACCUUCUCAGGCUGCACCCUGUGACUGUAAACUCUCGAAUGGUGAAAUGCUGAAGACGGGCGAUCGUAUUUCCGACAAAGUAGAGGUGGACCGCGACACAGGCGCAGCCAUACCUCUUGAUGUGACCAAGGCUGUUGCCACAUCGACGCCUUUGGCUGACCAUUUGUGUGCGGUAGGCGCAAGUGGGCGACGUUUCACCACAGUGGAUCAUCAGCUUUACUACUGUCUACACAUGGUGGCUGAACGAGCUCUUCUACCAGUCGUUGUUGUCAUGGCCGUUCUUGCUUGUCUGAUGAGAUUUCUCCUUGACGGCAGUCAGUCGCUGUUUUCGACAAGAUUCGUCUUCGCCAUUCCGUCACUUAUCGUUCUGCCACUGACUGCUCCCACCUUCUUUUUCAUCAUACGUUUCGUGCAUCGACGGGGCAACUUCGCUGUCUGUGAUGUGUUGAGGACUCAUAAA